CAUUGUUAAUUUUCUUUGUUAUGGACGAAACGAUUUCUGGUAGAAAAAGUAAUAAUUUGCACAGAAAACUAAUUUUGCAACAGUUAUUGAUGUUGUAAAUUGAAGUGUUUAUUUGUACUAUAGUGAUUGAUCGCAAUUGAUACCGUAUUAGUGUUGAAUUGCAAAUAAUACUUGUAAAAAAUUUGUCAGCGAAGCGGGUGGUGUACGUUAAGGCAGCGGUAGUAGGGUGUAGCGGCCGUAAUUUGCAAAUCGAUUGGCAUUUUAUGGGAAAAUGCUUAUUAGAUUUGUAAUCAAAUAGCUAACAACUAAAGAAAAUUUAGUAAUAAACGAGGACUGGAGAAAUAUGAUUAAUUCCAGUAUAGAUGUGCUGAAACACAUAUAUAUACACUGGACACAAAGAAAAUUGCUGCUGGAGGGAAGCUGCGGAGGGCAUUGAGAAAGGCGCUGGCUCUGUUUUGAAGAUACAAUAAUGCGAUUGAAAAUAAUAUUAAGCCAUGCCAAAGCCUUCCAAAACGUCUUUAAAGCACCGCCGCGUUUGCUAACAUCGAAAACACGCCAUACAAACGACCACAUAAAUAUUAUUGUUUGGGAUAAUCUGUUGGCAAAUGAUGUUAUGCUUAUCAGCUCUAUAGCAAUGAAAUCCUUGUAUGAAUAUACCAGUGAACGCAAGACUUGCACUAGUUAAACGCGGCACCGCAGAUAGACUUUAUCAGACAGCUACAUACACACAUGUACGCCGGCCAAAGUGGUACAUCAGCAAAUAAGUUUUGUGAUAUUUUCGUCUACUAUAAGUACGAUUACAGCCGAGUAAAUCAAAAACUGAAACGACAUACUAUACACAGCAAUAAGAAAUAGUAAACAAAGACAUAAAAAAAUCUAGUAUUAGUUAAGAUUGUCACGAAAUGCCAUAUAUCAACUAAAGAUACACAAAUUAUCAGGUGUUCUGCAUAGAGCGCGCAAUAUCGAUCAACAACAAGAAAUUAGCUUUGCGCUGUUUACAUCUUUACAUUCGCCACCACCAGUAACCUCACCACCGUCAACACGUCUACCAUCCAGCUUGUAAUGUUGUCCGACCUCGAUGACACCGAUGAGUUGGACACCAUUGCCGAUGUAAUGGGCUUGCGCUCACAGAACCGUCUCAAUACAUUUCGCGAAAUGUGGUACCACAUUUUUCUGUGGGCGCUAUUCUCAUCUAUCUUCAUACACACAUGCGCCGCAUUAGUUGCCUUUGUGACACUGCGCAGACACAAAUUCGGACGCUUCUUCUCCAUACUUAUUCUGGUAAUGGGAUUUGUAUCACCAGCGAUGGGCGGCAUCGUCAGUAGUGCAGUGAUAGCAUUCGUUCAUCGGGCCUCCAGUUUGCCAAUGUCUCCAAUUUAUGCGAUGGUGUGGGGAGUAGGCCAAACAAUAGUGUCGGCGUGUUUAGGGUUUACACGAAUUUUGGCCACACUAUAGAAAAUGGGAACUAACACGGGGGAAAAAUGGCAAAGAGUGAGUGACCGACAGACGGACAGUUCCAUAUACACAUACAGAUACACACGUAAAGUCUUAGUGAUAAUCAAUUAGUGUUUUAAGUCUAAUAUAAUAAUUACGAUUGUAAAAAAAAAGGAAAAGAAUUUUUUUUUCAGAUACAAAAAAUAUUAACUCCCUUAAUGUUCAUGUAUAUAUAAAAUUAGUUUGGUUUUUUAUGUAUUUUUGUAAUUAAGUUUUUCCACAAACAUUUAUGUCUUCAUAAUAUUAUAUAUAUUUCUUACAAUGUAAAUUUGUGUAUUUUAUUUUUAUAUUUUAAGUUUUUUUUUUAUUUCAGGGUUUGUUUUGUUGACAAUUUAUCGAAAUAAUACAAUAUAUACCAACUUGUAAAAAAAAUAAUAAAUCAUUUAUACAAGUAUUUAAUAAAACAUACAUUCAUUCAUUAAACUUUUUACACAUAAAAACAUAUACAGUAAGCGUAAAUUAGCCAAAUGUAGUAAAUGAAUUCAUAAAAAAUAAUAGCCAUGACAUAGCCAUAUAUUUCAUGCUGAAACAAAAAAACUGGAACUGGGCUUUUCAAAAGAUGUAAAAAAAAAACUAAAAACUCGAAUGGAGUGCAUCCCACACCCUGCUAAAACGCCAACGAACUUAAUUUUAACUGUAUGAAAAUUGUACAAAUUUUCGGCCAAUUAGAUUAACAUAUAGUAUAUUUCCUCAAAAUCCCAAAAAAUAUAUACUACAUACAUACAUAAAAAAUGAUUUAUAGGCAAAAUUUUCGAUCGUUUCAUAAUUUGUGCACAUUUGCUACAUAACAUUAGUUGGUUAGCUUGCCUAACAUCAAAGUCUGGCCUACAUAUCAAAUUUUUCACUCAUUUUGCUAAAUUACCUGUCACAAUUCAACUCAAAUUCAAAGUAUAAAUCCGCAACUGAACAGCAUUUAAAACUAAUUCGUACCAAAAAAAAAAAC